GCGGCGGUGUUCCUGGCGGCGGGGUGCUUCGCGAAGGCCGUGGCCGCCCUCCUCAACUCCACCACCGUCCACAACGCCGACACCCUUCUCCGCCUCGUCGCCUCCCGCCCCCCGACCCGCCCCCUCCUCACCGUCAGCAACCACAUGUCCACGCUCGACGAUCCGCUCUUGUGGGGCUUCAAGGGCUUCCCCUCCGCCGACGCCGCGCUCGGCAGGUGGGUCCUCGCCGCCGAGGACAUCUGCUUCACCAACAUCUUCUAUUCCUACCUCUUUCGACUGGGAAAAUGCAUACCGAUAACGAGAGGUGCUGGAAUAUAUCAAGAACAUAUGAAUGAAGCUCUUGAAGUGCUGAGUGCCGGAGGCUGGCUGCAUACUUUUCCGGAAGGGAAAGUGUCCCAAGAGAUUGCGCCUAUUAGACGUUUGAAAUGGGGUACUGCCAGCCUUAUUGUCCGUGCACCUGUGACACCUAUAGUUUUACCGAUUGUUCACAGUGGUUUUGAGAAGGUGAUGCCUGAGAAGUCAUUCUUUGGUAGAAGACCUCCGCUGCCUCUUUGCGGCAAGAACAUCCAGAUUAUUGUUGGUGAACCAAUGGAUUUCGAUCUCCAAGGCUUGAGACGAACCGCUGUAACAAUGUCACAGGAAUCGUCAACUUUUCGCAGUUAUGGGUGGCCGUCCCUUCCCCCCGACGGAUUAAAUGAGGCCGCACAAAGAUGGCUUUACAUUAACAUUUCAGAUCGGAUUCGAACUGUUAUGGAGAGAUUGCGAAGCUUCGGUUCCUCCCUAAAGAAAGUUGAGCUUUGGGCAGUUAUGACAACACGCAAACAAGAUGCUUCUUGCCAUGUUGAGAUGCGUGGCGAGGGUGGAGUACAUGAAUUGCUAAAAUUUGUAGAUAUAUGCCUAAAAGCCUGUUCUAUACAAGGAACUUAAAGUGUUUAGAUGGAUAGGUUUGUAAGGUAUCUGAAGAUUGCAUGUCGAGGUGAGAUUCCUGAUUUGACAUUACUGUAAGUAAUGGGGCCCGUGAUCCUAAAGAAUAGGUUCAUCAGAUUGCUGAUUGCAAUUAGAAGGUGGGAGAAACAACAAAGCAGACUGAUUACAACGAAAGGAAGGCUUCUAGGGCGGAGCGAUUACGUUUGUAUAGAGUCGUUGAUUCCUUAUCUCCUGAUCUUGCUGGACCCUUCAAAUAUGAAUUUUUUUUUUUCUUUUUUCAAAGAAGUCAUGAUUCCAACGAUGUAAAUGCGUGAUUGCGUCAUUGCGUGCAGAAUGGAUGAGAAAUCGAGUCCCCUCCCGUGUGCCCACCGCCACCGUACCAGGCCACCACUGGGAGGGUUCGGUCAUUUUCCACAUUAACGAGUCAGAACCAAUUUUCAGGUGAAUUAAUUCUUUUCUUUUUCUAUUUUCGUC